AUGAGAGACAAGGGCGAUCGGCUAGACUUGAUCCUCAACUAUAUUAAAGUUUCAUUACAUUUUGCGUUUUUGCAGAAGGAGGAAAUGCAGCAAAAGAUCAAGGAAACGUUUCAACUGGUGUCCAAGAGGGAGGACAACGUCUGCAAUUUUUUGGAAGGCGGCACGUUGAUCCGCAGCUCUGACUACAAGCUCAUCCACCGACACUAUGCCACGCUGUAUUUUGUGUUCUGCGUGAACUCGUCUGAGUCGAAGCUCGGCAUCCUCGACCUGAUCCAGGUGCUCGUCGAGACGCUGGACAAGUCUUUUGAGGACGUCUGCGGGCUGGACCUGGUCUUCCACGUCAUCAAGGUGGACUACAUUCUGAACGAGAUCGUGAUGGGCGGCAUGGUCCUGGAGACCAGCAUGACGGAGGUCAUCACGCGUACCGAGGAGCAGAACAGGCUGGAGAAGCAGGAGGCUGUCUCGAUGGUGGAGAACGUCAACAUCACACAGCAAAUCAAGGACAUCACGCUACCAGACCUGCCAGCCGCCAUCAGGGACCUGAAGUUUUGA